AUGGAAGAGUUUUCUCCUAGGCGGAGAGACGUGAAAAGAGAAGCAGCGUUUUCGUCGCUAAAGCGCCUGAAGACAGACUUGAAGAUAGUUGAGAUUCUUGUUAUUUUUACCACGUCGGCAGGGUGUGCGGCCAUGCCAGGGCUGUACGAUCCAGUGUCCAUUACCAUUAGAGCCCUUCUGCUGUGCGACCUGGCCUUGGCAGGGAGCCUCCGAAUCGACGACAGAGGCACUGUCUACCCCACAGACACAUACAUGCCGAUAGACGAGCUGCACGACGAGGUGCACAGCAAGCUUAGAAAAGCGGCGAAAGAGAAGACAGUGGACAAGUGGAUUCUGCUGCUGAACGGAGAGUCGUACUCUCUAAUGAAAGACAAGUAUCACAUAAAAAACGCACGGAAAAGAGUGGGCAAGAUGCUGGUUUCCAAGAACAUACUGAGAAAGGCCAAGAGCAAGACAAAGGCUUUUCUAGAGUACAUAACCAACCGGGGGGACGGCUCGGUGGAGGGCGCAUCCUUCAAGGGCGCCAAGGCCAAGGUGGCGCUCGAGGUCACUGCGUACCUCACCGGGGAAGAGGUGUACGAGGAGGCCGACGUUUUGAAGCUGGACAUACUUGUCUGCGCUUUUGCGUUCUGCAGUGUGACCGAGGACCUGUUUCUUACGCUUCCACCAAGCGCCGCAGAGGUCGCGCAGAAAAAGACGCACGAUAUUAUAGGGAGGUACAAGGGGUCUCUUGGAGACACCAGCCAGCCGGCCAAAUGGGCUGUGCACUCGAUCCUUCGGGCGUAUUUGAAGCUGGCAUCAUGGAUAUGA